UCUUUUCUCCAUCCGACGACUUUCGUUUUCAGCUCUCCUACCUACAUCGAUAAUCUUUUCCUAUAAAUUCGAUAUCGUACUAAUUUUAGUAGCUAAACAUCUCACCAACAAAGCAAAAAAAAAUUGUGUGUAAUAAUGGAUAGCCAUUGUCACCUCAGUAUUGCUCACUAUUUGCUUCUUUUGCUUUUGGUCUCUUUCUGCAUGCAGAGUACUACUAAACUCUGUUUCUGUUUAGCUGGUGACGAAAUUUCAAGCAGUGUGAAGACAAAUUCAUGCAUUGAGGAAGAAAGACAAGCGCUUCUCGUCUUUAAACAACAUUUUGUUGAUCAUUCUGGUAGGCUUUCGUCUUGGGUGGGUCAUGAUUGCUGCCAAUGGGAAGGUAUUUCAUGCAACAACAGCACUGGUCACGUCGUGAAGAUGGACCUCCGGAAUCUAUAUGACUUUUCUGACGAUGAUGAGUAUGAAGAGAGGAGAUAUGCUUCUUUGGGAGGUAAGAUAAAUGCUUCUCUGUUGAGCUUGAAACAUUUAAAUUACCUGGACUUGAGCCUGAAUUCGUUUGAUAGCAUUCAAAUUCCUAAGUUCAUUGGGGAGCUUAAAAGUUUGCAAUAUCUCAAUCUCUCAUUUGCAUCAUUUAGAGGAGAGAUUCCCUCUUCUCUUGGUAACCUGUCAAGCCUAAAUUUUCUUGAUCUCGGGUUGAGUUAUAACUUAUCUUCCAAAAAUUUGAAUUGGCUUUCUCACCUCUCUUCCCUGAAAUACAUUAAUCUCAAUGGCGUUGAUCUUAGCAGCACAGGAGUCAGUUGGGCAUAUGAUAUUAACAUGCUUCCUUCAUUGUUAGAGCUACAUUUAUCUUCGUGCCAAAUUGAAAGCAUUCCACUCUCACUGCAGAGCAUUAACUUCCUUCCACUUUCACUACAGAGGAUUAACUUCACAUCACUGUUGGUCCUUGAUAUGUCGUAUAAUGGCAUUAAAAGUUCUUCAUUUCCCGGCUGGUUUUUUAAUCUUACCAACCUCGUAUCACUUGAUCUAUCUAGGAAUGAUUUCGGGGAUUCUUUUCCAAGUGAAUUUUCAAACUUCAAAUCUCUGGAAAAUCUUUAUUUAUCUGACACAGGCUUAAAAGGUCAAAUUCCUAAAGUCAGUGGAAAUUUGUGCAAGCUAAAAGUCUUAAGUCUUUCAUGGAACAACUUUGAUGGGGGGAUUGAAGAGUUUUGUAGGAGUCUCUCAAAUUGUCCAAGUAAUACAUUAGAGUCACUAGAUUUGUCUAAUUGUGAGCUUGAAGGCCAAUUGCCGGUCUUUUUAGGAAUGUUUAAAAGUUUGCAGAAUCUCAACCUUAGAGAAAACAAUUUGUGGGGCUCAAUUCCAGAUUCCAUCGGAAACUUGUCGUCCUUGAAAACACUAGACCUCAGUUAUAAUAAGAUGAACGGCUCAAUUCCAGAAAGUAUUGGACAGCUCUGUGAGCUAGUUUCCCUACUUCUGUUUAGUAAUUCAUGGGAAGGCAUUCUAACGGAAGCCCAUUUCAUAAAUCUUACCAGAUUACAAGUUUUUGGAGUAGGAAAUAUAGACCGACCUAUGUCCCUCAGUCUGGACGGGGCUUAUGACAGGGUUCCUCCUUUCAAGCUCUUCACAAUUUAUAUCAUAAAUUGUCGGAUAAGUCCUGGUUUUUGGGUAUGGCUUCAAACUCAAACUGAACUGUCUAAUGUUAUGCUUCUGGGUAAUGGAAUCUCGGAUUCCAUACCAGAGGAAUGGUUGUUGAAGAUAUCUUCCCAACUUAGCGAUCUAUACUUGUCUUCCAACCACUUUCAUGGAAACUUUCCAUCCCAUUUGAAAUUUCCAAAUUCAAUGUUUAUUGAUUUGAGUCAUAAUCAGUUGGAGGGCCCUCUACCACUUUGGUGUUUCCCUAAUGUCUAUUCCCUUUAUCUAGAAGGCAAUUUAUUUUCUGGGCCAAUCCCCUCAAAUAUUGACCAAAUGAUGCCCAAGUUGGAAGAAUUGUUACUUCAUGAGAAUCAUUUGAAUGGCACUAUUCCUCCAUCUAUUUGUAAGAUGCAGAAGUUAAAAAUCCUGUCUCUAAGGAGCAAUCAGUUUUCGGGAGAACUCCCUCAUGCAUGGAAUAUGGAGAGCAUUAUGGUGUUUUUAGAUGUUGGUCAAAACAAUCUGUCUGGUAAGAUUCCCACUUCAUUGGGGGUACUACGUUCCCUGGAAAUUUUAAAGCUCAACGACAACAAUUUUGGCGGUGAAAUUCCUGAUGCCUUGCAAAAUUGUUCAAGUUUGAGGAGUAUUGAUCUUGGAGACAACAAGUUAUCUGGGAAAAUACCUCUAUGGAUAGGAGGGUCAAACGUAUCUAAGUUGUCUAGGCUACGAUUACGGUCCAACUAUUUUAGUGGAUGUAUUUCCCAGCAACUGUGCAAUCUUCAAGGCCUUCACAUCCUCGACCUUAGUCACAACAGCCUUUCAGGUACUAUUCCCAUGUGUUUGGAUAACUUAACUUCGCUAGUCAAUGAUGAUCCUUAUGAAGAAUAUUAUAAUGGGUAUGAGCAAGCCACACUGACACUAAAAGGAGAAGAACUUGUGUACAACACAACUCUGUAUCUUGUAAAGAGCAUUGAUCUUUCAUCAAAUAAUUUAAAAGGUGAAAUCCCUGAAGAAAUAAGCAGCCUCAUUAUGUUGGGCACCUUGAAUUUGUCCAUGAAUCAAUUAAUUGGAAAGAUUCCUUCCAAGGUCGGAAACUUGCGUUGGCUCGAAACUCUUGAUCUCUCACACAACCACCUUUCGGGACAAAUUCCUCAAAGCUUGUCAUCUUUAACCUCUUUGUCCCACCUAGACUUGUCUUACAACAACUUGGUUGGAAGAUUUCCUACUGGAAACCAACUUCAAACGCUCAAUUUUUCGUCCAUUUAUGUGGGCAAUCAAUGGUUAUGUGGAGUUCCUCUCUCAACUAAGUGCCCUGAAGAUGACACUUUUAUUGCUAAGGAUGCAAAGGAGGAGAAUGAAGAUGGAAAGGAUAAGUUGUGGCUCUAUGUCAGCGUGGUAUUUGGCUUUAUCGUAGGCUUUUGGGGCGUUUGCGGCACAUUGAUCUUAAAGACAUCGUGGAGGUAUGCCUAUUUUCAAUUCUUCGAUGACAUCAAAGAUAAGGUAGCACUGGCAAUUGCAUUGAAAAUGGCUCGUUUCAAAAUGUUUUUAUUUUGAAGUUGGAUUGUGCUAAUAUAUAAUGUGAUGUUUUUCUCUUUUUACUUUGUGUUUUGGUAUUUGCAACUUAUGUAUUAAAUAAAAAAAUGUUUCAGUAAGUGUUCCCACAAACAAUUAUGUAACGGUUAUCCAUUUAAUACAAGAACUCUAUCUAGUUUGUACUUAUGAAUCGCAUAAUACAAUCUACCUAUGGAAUGUUGCAAUUUAACAAAAUAACAUUACGAAGUAGAUAAGUACACUUGUGUAUUCUUCUCUUUUACACAUGAAUGUCAUCCAACUCGGCGAGUGGUAGUCCACCUCUACCGCCUUCUCGAUGCUGCCAAAACCAUACAAAAAUGGGUGGAAGAAUUGGUGGUUCGAUAUCGUCGAGGGUUUUCUGGGAUUCCUGUUCCUUGCAGAGAGAGAGAGGUGGAAGAAGAAGGAGAAGAAGUUGAACCCUUGAAUUGGGAAAAGGAACGAACUUCUAGAGGCGAUUGAAUUGGUUUUGAAGAUUUGAGGUUUCUUGGCGUCCGUUGCAGAGAGAGAUUAGGGGGUUUGCACAGAGGGUGGGUGGGCGAUUCAAGUGAGGGGCUAGAAGGAUGGGGGCUCCAUCUCUAUUCUCGCUUGCUGAAACUUUCCGCUCUUCAGCUCCGGCCCCAGGUGCGUGAAGGCGACGUGGACCUGGUCGAUGGUGUCUUCAUUCACAGUUCCGGACGACAGUUCUGAACCUCUGGCGAUUCCGACUGAGAAAGAGGUCAAUAACAGCAAGGUUUUAUUUGGUCACUUGUUUAUGUUUGUGGAUGCCUUGUUGAAAAUAUCUGUGUCCCAUGUGCUUCAUCUUCUGCUGGUGAAACCAGAAAUAUAACCGUUGGAUCAUUUGCUAGCAAUUAGUAGAGGGAUGGGGGCUUCAUCUCUAUUCUCGCAUGCUGAAACUUUCCGCUCUUCAGCUCCGGCCUCAGGUUUGUGAAGGCGAAGUGGUCCUGGUCGACUGUCUCUUCUCCACGGUUCUGGACGAUGGUUCCGAAGCUCUGGCGAUUCCGACUGAGAAAGAGGUCAAUAACAACAAGUUGAAGAGGAUCCUGCUGAUGGUGAACCUAAAUUUAAACCUUUUACUGGAUCUGGAAGACGCUUGGAUGGGAAGCCUUUGAAAUAUAAGCCAGCACCAGCUUCUUCCUCAGGAUCCAAAGACAAGAAACCUGCAGUCACCAAUGGAAAUGCACAACCUUCUACAGGAUCUAGUUCACAAGCUACCAGUUGUCAGGCUCGGGGAAAACUUGUUUUCGGAUCGAAUGCCAGUCGCUCUCCAAAGGAGACAAAAAAGGAAGCUGCAAAAGAGACUAAGAAAGAGAAGCAGCCGGAAGUGCAAGAAGACCCGAAAUUCCAGCCUUUUAUCAACUUUUAGUCAGGAACCGCUUGUUAAGAAAAUGGGUCCAAAUUCAGAGCUGCAUUCUUCUUCCCUCAAAAUAAGAAGAAAACGCUUCCUCAACUCCAUAUUUUGGCACCUCAGGAGCUUGAAGGGCUCUCAGAUCCGAUGAGGAAGGAUGUUUCACGAGUUCGUAAGAAGAUCAAUGCGAUUAACAAAGAGUUAAAGUCACUAGGACAUACCUGCCAGAAGAAGGAAAAGGAAUACAGAGAUGCACUUGAGGCUUUCAAUGAAAAGAACAGAGAAAAAGUGCAGCAUAUAACAAAGCUAAUGGAGGUUAGUUUGUUAAACAAAUUUUUACUUGGCAUAGCGGUGUUGCAAUUUCAUGGAUGGGUUGAACUCAAACCAGUCUGAUGGCUUUCUCACCUCUCUUCCCUGAAAUACAUUAAUCUCAAUGGCGUUGAUCUUAGCAGCACAGGAGUCAGUUGGGCAUAUGAUAUUAACAUGCUUCCUUCAUUGUUAGAGUUACAUUUAUCUUCGUGCCAAAUUGAAAGCAUUCCACUCUGACUGCAGAGCAUUAACUUCCUUCCACUUUCACUACAGAGGAUUAACUUCACAUCACUGUUGGUCCUUGAUAUGUCGUCUAAUGGCAUUAAAAGUUCUUCAUUUCCCGGUUGGUUUUUUAAUCUUACCAACCUCGUAACACUUGAUCUAUCCGGGAAUGAUUUCAGCAAUUAUUUUCCAAGUGGAUUUUCAAACUUCAAAUCUUUGCAAAACCUUGAUUUAUCUGAAAUAGGCUUAAAAGGUCAAAUUCCUAAAGUCAGUGGAAAUUUGUGCAAGCUAAAAGUCUUAAGUCUUUCAGGGAACUACUUUGAUGGGGGGGGAUUGAAGAGUUUUGGAGGAGUCUCUCAAAUUGUCCAAGUAAUACAUUAGAGUCACUAGAUUUGUCUAAUUGUGAGCUUGAAGGCCAAUUGCCGGUCUUUUUAGGAAUGUUUAAAAGUUUGCAGAAUCUCAACCUUGGAGAAAACAAUUUGUGGGGCUCAAUUCCAGAUUCCAUCGGAAACUUGUCAUCCUUGAGAAAACUAUACCUCUAUUCUAAUAAUUUGUCGGGCUCAAUUCCAAAUUCCAUCGGAAACUUGUCGUCCUUGAGAAUACUAGAGCUCAAUGAUAACAAGAUGAACGGCUCAAUUCCAGAAAGUAUUGGACAACUCUGUGUAAUUCAUGGGAAGGCAUUCUAACGGAAGCCCAUUUCAUAAAUCUUACCAGAUUACAAGAUUUUGAAGUAGAAAACAUAGACCGACCCACGUCCCUCAUUCUCGACGGGGCUUAUGACAGGGUUCCCCCUUUCAAGCUCUUCAGAAUUUUUAUCAUAAAUUGUCGAAUAAGUCUUGGUUUUUGGGUAUGGCUUCAAACUCAAACUGAACUGUCUGAUGUUGCCCUUCAGGGUAAUGGAAUCUCAGAUUCCAUACCUGAGGAAUGGUUGCUGAAGAUAUCUGCCCAACUCACCUAUCUAGACUUGUUUUACAACCACUUUCAUGGAAACUUUCCAUCCCAUUUGAAAUUUCCAAAUUUAAUGUCUAUUGAUUUGAGUCAUAAUCAGUUGGAGGGCCCUCUACCACUUUGGUGUUUCCCUAAUGUCCAAGUUGGAAGAAUUGUUACUUGAUGAGAAUCAUUUGAAUGGCACUAUUCCUCCCUCUAUUUGUAAGAUGCAGAAGUUAAAAAUCCUGUCUCUAAGGAGUAAUCAGUUUUCGGGAGAACUCCCUCAUGCAUGGAAUAUGGAGAGCAUUAUGGUGUUUUUAGAUGUUGGUCAAAACAAUCUGUCUGGUAAUAUUCCCACUUCAUUGGGGGUACUACGUUCCUUGGAAAUUUUAAAGCUCAACGACAACAAUUUUGGCGGUGAAAUUCCUGAUGCCUUGCAAAAUUGUUCAAGUUUGAGGAGUAUUGAUCUUGGUGACAACAAGUUAUCUGGGAAAAUACCUCUAUGGAUAGGAGGGUCAAACGUAUCUAAGUUGUCUAGGCUACAAUUACGGUCCAACUAUUUUAGUGGAUGUAUUUCCCAACAACUGUGCAAUCUUCAAGGCCUUCACAUCCUCGACCUUAGUCACAACAGCCUUUCAGGUACUAUUCCCAUAUGUUUGGAUAACUUAACUUCGCUUAUCAAUGAUGCUUCUUAUGAAAAUGAUUAUGAUGAGUUUGAGCAAGCCACACUGACACUAAAAGGAGAAGAACUUGUGUACAACACAACUCUAUAUCUUGUAAAGAGCAUUGAUCUUUCAUCAAAUAAUUUACAAGGUGAAAUCCCUAAAGAAAUAAGCAGCCUCAUUCAAUUGGGCACCUUGAAUUUGUCCAAGAAUCAAUUGACUGGAAAGAUCCCCUCUAAGGUCGGCAACUUGCAUUGGCUUGAAACUCUUGAUCUCUCACACAACCACCUUUUGGGACAAAUUUCUCAAAGCUUGUCAUCUUUAACCUCUUUGUCCCACCUGGACUUGUCUUACAACUUGUCUGGAAGAAUUCCUACUGGAAACCAGCUUCAAACGCUCAAAUUUUCGUCCAUUUAUGUGGGUAAUCAAUGGCUAUGUGGCUUUCAUCUCUCAACUAAGUGCCCUGAAGAUGACACUUUUACUGCUAAAGAUGCAAAGGACGAGAAUGAAGAUGGAAAUGAUAAGUUGUGGCUCUAUGUCAGCGUGGUACUUGGCUUUAUCGUAGGUUUUUGUUGCGUUUGCGGCACGUUGAUCUUAAAGACAUCGUGGAGGUAUGCCUAUUUUCAAUUCUUCGAUGACAUCAAAGAUAAGGUAGCACUUUCAAUUGCACUAAAAGUGGCUCGUUUCAAAAUGUUUUUAUUCUGAAGUUUGAUUGUACUAAUAUAUAAUGUGAUGUUUUUCCCUUCUACUUUGUGUUUUGAUACUUGCAGCAUAUGUAUUAAAUAAAAGAAUCUUUCAGUAAGUGAUCCCACAAACAAUUAUCUAACGGUUAUCCAUUUAAUACAAGAAUUCUAUCUAGUUUGUACUUAUGAAUCGCAUAAUACAAUCUACCGAUGUAAUGUUGCAAUUUAACAAAAUAACAUUACGAACUAGAUAAGCACACGUGCGUAUUCUUCUCUUUUACACUUGAAUGUCGUCCAACUCGGCGAGUGGUAGUCCACCUCUACCGCCUUCUCGAUGCUGCCAAAACCAUACAAAAAUGGGAGGAAGAAUUGGUGGUUCGAUAUCGUCGAGGGUUUUCUGGGAUCCUGUUCCUUGCAGAGAGAGAGGUGGGAGAAUUCGAUGGCGUCUUCCGGGUUCCUGUCCCUUGCCGACAGAGAGAUGGGAGAGGUAUUUUGGCGUCUGUUGCAGAGAGAGAUUAGGGGGUGGGUCUAGGGUUUGCACAGGGGGUGGGUGGGCGAUUCAAUUGAGGGGCUCCAUCUCUAUUCUCGCUUGCUGAAACUUUCCGCUCUUCAGCUCCGGCCCCAGGUGCGUGAAGGUGACGUGGACCUGGUCGACGGUGUCUUCAUUCACAGUUCCGGACGACAGUUCUGAAAAGUUUUAUUUGGUCACUUGUUUAUGUUUGUGGAUGCCUUGUUGAAAAUAUCUGUGUCCCAUGUGCUUCAUCUUCUGCUGGUUAAACCAGAAAUAUAACCGUUGGAUCACUUGAAGGGCUCUCGGGUCCAAUGAGGAAGGAUUUUUCACAAGUUCGUAAGAAAGAUCACUGCGAUUAACAAAGAGUUAGAGCCACUAGGACGUACGUGCCAGAAGAAGGAAAAGGAAUACAGAGAUGCACUUGAAGCUUUCAAUGAAAAGAACAGAGAGAAAUAUAACCAAAAAUAUAACCGUUGUGCUUCAUCUUCUGCUGGUUAAACCAGAAAUAUAACCAUUGGAUCAUUUGCUAGCAAUUAGUAGAGGGAUGGGGGCUUCAUCUCUAUUCUCGCUUGCUGAAACUUUCCGCUCUUCAGCUCCGGCCCCAGGUGCGUGAAGGUGACGUGGACCUGGUCGACGGUGUCUUCAUUCACAGUUCCGGACGACAGUUCUGAACCUCUGGCGAUUCCGACUGAGAAAGAGGUCAAUAACAACAAGGUUUUUUGGUCACUUGUUUAUGUUUGUGGAUGCCUUGUUGAAAUUAUCUGUGUCCCAUGUGCUUCAUCUUCUGCUGGUGAAACCAGAAAUAUAACCGUUGGAUCAUUUGCUAGCAAUUAGUAGAGGGGGAUGGGGGCUUCAUCUCUAUUCUCGCUUGCUGAAACUUUCCGCUCUUCAGCUCCGGCCUCAGGUGCGUGAAGGCGAAGUGGUCCUGGUCGACUGUCUCUUCCUCCACAGUUCUGGACGAUGGUUCCGAAGCUCUGGCGAUUCCGACUGAGAAAGAGGUCAAUAACAACAAGAGGAUCCUGCUGAUGCUGAACCUAAAUUUAACCCUUUUACUGGAUCUGGAAGACGCUUGGAUGGGAAGCCUUUGAAAUAUAAGCCAGCACCAGCUUCUUCCUCAGGAUCCAAAGACAAGAAACCUGCAGUCACCAUUGGAAAUGCACAACCUUCUACAGGAUCUAGUUCACAAGCUACCAGUUGUCAGGCUCGGGGAAAACUUGUUUUCGGAUCAAAUGCCAGUCGCUCUCCAAAGGAGACAAAAAAAGAAGCUGCAAAAGAGACUAAGAAAGAGAAACAGCCGGAAGUGAAAGAAGACCCGAAAUUCUAGCCUUUUAUCAACUUUUAGUCAGGAACCACUUGUUAAGAAAAUGGGUCCAAAUUCAGAGCUGCAUUCUUCUUCCCUCAAAAUAAGAAGAAAACGCUUCCUCAACUCCAUAUUUUGGCACCUCAGGAGCUUGAAGGGCUCUCAGAUCCGAUGAGGAAGGAUGUUUCACAAGUUCGUAAGAAGAUCAAUGCGAUUAACAAAGAGUUAAAGUCACUAGGACAUACCUGCCAGAAGAAGGAAAAGGAAUACAGAGAUGCAGGCUUUCAAUGAAAAGAACAGAGAAAAAGUGCAGCUUAUCACAAAGCUAAUGGAGCUGGUGAGCGAAAGUGAGAAGACGAGGAUGAAGAAGCUGGAGGAGAUGAGCAAGAACAUAGAAGCGUUAAAGUGAAGAAAUAGCAGCGAAUGGGGGUAACUGAUGAUUUGAUUAGGUUUGUGUCAUGAUGUUUUUAAGCUGAGUUUUUCAAUGUAUAUAUAUAUGGGUGGUGAUUGUCAUUUGUUGUAAUUUCUAAAUUGGUUUGUUUCAUUAAUUAAUUAGUGUUGGCUGAUUUAGGCAGGAAAAUACCCUUUAAAUUUAAACAGGUUUGUAACUAAAAGCAUCUGGCCUUGCAUUUUCCUUCUCAUUUUUCCAUAUAUCCAAACACUGUAAGCUCCAUUUGCUGAUAUCUCUCCUGGUCUUCAAGAACACCAUCAACCACGGUGAGUUUAUCAAAAAACCCACCAUCCCCAUUUUGGUUGGUUUUGUUUGUUUUGUUCUUUUUUCCUUUUUUUGGGGUGUGUGUUUGACCCGGAGCUUACAUGUGUUCGAUGAGGGAAGAGAAAUAAGGUUGACUGCUUCUGAGGUUGAUGAAAUUACCAGUUUCCCUAGUGAUCCAAGGGCACGUCAAUGGAUGGAAGUAGGAUUUUCUCUCCUUCUAUUCUUAUCCGCUUCUCUUCCUUUCUCUCACACAUUGUUUUAUUGUCCCUUGAUUUUCCAGUGACAUUUGUGCAGCCUGCAUUUAAUCAUAUGAUGAUUUAUAUAAGCUUUUUCUUUGCUCUCUUUUUUCAAAUCUUUCUAAUUGUUUAUGUGCAAAUGGGGUUGAACAUAUUAAUGAGUGGUGGUGUUGUUUGCAGCAAGCUCCGUUCAAGGUAAUUUCAUUUCUUAUAGACAAUUUUGUCAAGAUUUCUGGGUUUCUUUUUGCUUCUUCUCUGCUAAAUUACUCAUCUGGAAGUUAAUUUUGUUCAAAGACCAAGUAUUGUUCUUCAAUUAAGAUUUGUGGGUUUUUUUUUUUUUCGUUGCUUCUUUUCUGUUAAAUUACUCAUCUGGAUGCUAAUUUAGUUCAAAAACUAAGUAUUGUUCUUCAAUUAAUCUUACCAGAAAGCAUAUGAGAACGUGGCACACUAGUGUUCGAUGAAAUGUGUCUGAGAAUCUGUCAAUAUGAUAUAUUAUAAUUCUGACUCUCCUCUUCAGCUCCGGCCCCAGGUGCGUGAAGGCGACGUGGACCUGGUUGAUGGUGUCUUCAUUCACAGUUCCGGACGACAGUUCUGAACCUCUGGCGAUUCCGACUGAGAAAGAGGUCAAUAACAGCAAGGAGUUUGAAGGGCUCUCAGGUCCAAUGAGGAAGGAUGUUUCACAAGUUCGUAAGAAAGAUCGAUGAGAUUAAGAAAGAGUUAUAGCCACUAGGACAUACCUGCCAGAAGAAGGAAAAGGAAUACAGGGAUGCACUUCAGGCUUUCAAUGAAAAGAACAGAGAGAAAGUGCAGCUUAUCACAAAGCUAAUGGAGCUGGUGAGCUAAAGUGAGAAGACGAGGAUGAAGAAGCUGGAGGAGCUGAGCAAGAACAUAGAAUCUUUAAAGUGAAGAAAUAGCAGCCUAUGUGGGUAACUGAUGAUCUGAUUAGGUUUGUGUGAUGAUGUGUAUAAGGUGACGUUUUUCGAUGUUUACAUAUAUGGGUGGUGAUUGGCAUUUGGUGUAAUUUCUAAGUUGGUUUGUUUCAUCAAUUAGUGUAAAACAUUUGGCUGAUUUAGGCAGGAAAAUACCCUUUAAAUUUAUACAGGUUUGUAACUAAAAGCAUCUGGCCUUGCAUUUUCCUUGUCAUUUUUCCAUGUAUCCAAACACUGUACUACACUACUUCCAAGUGUAAUGUGGGGUUCUUUGAAUUUA